AUGUCGGUUUUCGUAUCAGGGGCUACAGGUUUCAUUGCUCAACAUAUUGUUGAUCAAUUGUUAGAACAAGACUAUAAAGUAAUUGCAUCUGCAAGAACUGAAGCAAAAGCUAAUGAAUUAUCAAAGAAUUUUAAUAACCCUAAUUUGACUACGGUAGUCACCGGUGAUAUGUCUAAAUUAGAUGCUUUUGAUCCUGCUUUUAAACAAUAUGGAUCUCAAAUUAAAUAUGUGAUUCAUGCUGCCUCUCCAGUUACUUUUGAAGUAGAAAAUACCGAAAGGGAUAUUUUAAUUCCAGCUGUCAAUGGUACAAAGGGUAUACUUGAAUCCAUUAAGAAAUACGCUGCUAAUACAGUGGAACGUAUUGUGAUGACUUCAAGUGUUGCUGCUAUAUCAACAUUUUCUGAAUCACUGGACCCAAAGGCUUUUGCUAAUGAAGAUUCAUGGAAUACUUAUACAUGGGAAUCUGCUCAAGUUUCACCAAUUGAUGCUUAUUUCGGUUCAAAGAAAUUUGCUGAAGAAUAUUUCUGGGAAUUCUUAGAGAAAAAUAAAGAUACAUUGAACAUUAAAGCAUCUACAGUGAUGCCUGUCUUUGUCUUUGGCCCACAGAUGUUUGAUUCUUCUGUGAAAUCAAAAUUGAAUGUAUCAUCAGAAGUGAUUAAUAAGUUGAUUCAUACUCCAGUGGAUGGCAAGAUUUCUCCUUCUCUUGCCAAAUUUAUUCAUGUCAAAGAUGUUGCUAAAGCACAUGUUUUAGCCAUGCAAAAAGAUGAGUUGAUUGGGAAAAGAUUACUUCUAUCCGAAGCUAAUUACAAUUCUCAAGAUAUUCUAAACUAUUUGAACAAUGAUUUCCCUGUAUUGAAGGGUAAAAUCCCUGUCGGUGAACCUGAUCAAACUGCUGAGGGUAAGCCUUCAAAGGAUAUUACUUACGAUAACUCUAAAUCUAGAGAAUUGUUAGGGUUCAAGUUUAGAAGUUUGAAACAAGCUGUUGACGACACUGCUGCUCAAGUUCUAAAACACGAAGGUCGUAUAUAG